ACCAGUCAGUUCAGUUCAGUCAGUUCAAUGGUUCAGUAGUUCAGAUUUAGACAGUUUUGUUUUGCUUGAUUGUCGUAUUUUUGUGCAUUCAUUUACGAAUUAAAUGCAUGCAUCGGUCGGUACGGUAGGUAGGUACCCAUCCGAUUUGCCGAGAGUUUCAGUAUUUUUGUUCAAUCUAAUUUUAUUCUAUACAUUCAUUUGAUCUAGUCUUGAAAUCAAAGUAAUUACGGAUUACAUUUGUUCAAAAAUGUCAUCUUACGUUGACAUGAGCUUGGAAGAUAUUAUCCAGAAGAAGAAAAAGGAGAAGCCCAGAAUUAAAAAACCUAUAAAUAAGGGUUUAUUAAAUUCAAAUCCUACAAACAGAAAAAUGCAGAAUCAAAAGUUUCCAAUUACUGAUGCUCGGUAUAAAAUAAUAUCUAAAAAAAGGACUCAAAUUGUGGAUGCCAGAGAAAAGCUUGAAGACUUGGCCAAACAGAGGGAUGCCCGAUUCAAAUUGGAAGAAUUGAGAAAAAUGAGGGGAAUUACUCAAAUUCCAAGUCGCAACAUUAAAAAGCAAGGGAAAUUUAACAAUGAGGGAAAAAUAAAUCGGCCUGUUAUAAGCCAAGAUCGAAGAGUAGGCAGAGAUCGUGUAUUUGUGGACCCGUCAAGACAAGUUGUAUCACAGCCACUAAACACUUCCAAAUUUGGCAUGAGAAGGCAACUGAACACAAAAAGAUUUUUGGAAAACAGAGCCAUUGGUUCAAAGCAUCCUGAUAGAAUGCCUAGACCCAAACCAAUACUUAGGACUGUGGAAAAUGAUAUAGAGAUCAUUGAUGAUCCAAUGGGUGAAGAUUUUGAGCCAAUUCACAUCUCUUCUGAUAGGAAAGCUAGCCUGCAACUUAAAAUAAUAGCCCAUAACAGUGAUGGCAGAGCAAGUCGGAGCUCCGUUAUUCAGAGGUCUGCAAUAAUAACAGAAAAAGAGAAAAGUCCGCCACGACCUCCUUCUAUCCUUAAAAAACGUCCGAUGGCAGCAUUGAGGAGCGAAAAGAGAGCAGAAAAGUCGGAAACACCUCCUUUGGAAUAUAGAAUUAUUGUCAGCAACUUAGGAAGCACAGUUACUGGUGGAGACAUUGAGGAACUUUUUGGAGAUGUUGGAGGUAUGAUAGAGUCUCGUUUAGUUCGCCCUGGUACUGCUGAGGUUAUUUACAAGACCCAAGAGGACGCCCAGAAAGCUGUCGACCUAUAUCACAAUCGACAACUAGAUGGCCAGCCAAUGAAUUGUCUCCUUGUAACUCCACGUGCACCCACUGUGAUACCCAGGAGUAGCAGUGGCAGUAAACCGGCGUUAUACAGCACCAACUCUAAUGUGGAACCUGACAUUUCGACUUUUCAUAAAGUACUAUUUAGUAACUUGUAACAUGACAUCAAUGACUUGUGAAAUAUUUCAUACAAGAACUUUUCUUGGAAUGUAUAGUAAUUAAUAUAAGUCCAUGAAUAAAUAAUGAAACAUAAAUGCAAAUGGAUGUGUUGAUGGUGCAUGUUUGUGAACAUGUACAGUAAGCCUAUUAUAUCACUUACUUUGAUUUUAAGUUUCUUUUUCUACAAUUUCAGUUGCACUGGCCCGCACGUAUAAAUAAACAUAUUUCGUAUAUGCAAACAAGUUAUUGGGCUACUUUGGUAUUUCUAUUAUAGUGCCACGUGCAUGUGUACUACCUAUUGUAAUGGAGAACUUAAGAAUACCACGAACAUUGAACAAUAACGGCUAUGUAACAGGGGACGUAGCUAGUACGAUUUUUUGUAAGUGACGCAGAUUUCUAUAGUAUCGAAGCAACGCGCUGUUUUGAUCACAUAGAAAUGUGCGUUACUUUGUCAUUUACGAUCAAAACCAUGCAAUAAGGCUUAACCAUUACUUUCCUUUUCACUACAUCACAUCACCAUUAAUAUUAAUCGGUUUGAAAUCCUUAGUCCAUCCUGCACCAUCAUAUUUCUAUUUCUUUUUCUCUUCGCCGGAGUCUGAAAGAAAUGUGAUGGUGGCGCUAUACAAGUGAUGAGUAGCUUCGCGAAGCCAUAUGCAUACGACGAAUGUCGCGUGCCUUUUAUCAUAUCAAGCGAUAAAGAGUAAGUAAUAAUUUGUACUAGCAUGAAGUCUUGUCAAAACUUCGCACUUCACGAAUAACACGCAUAAUUUGGACUCAACUCGAUUGCCGGAAAUUCUUAAGUUCUGUCCAUAGGUUCUAUUGGACACCAUUUUGUAGAAUUACAGAAGGUAUAAUAAAUAAGUUUAAAAUGUAGGACGCCCAUGUAGUCAUCGUCUCCCGCGCCGAGUUUAACAUAAAUACAUUGUAAUACCUAUGUAUGUUUUUAAUACAGACUUGAACAAA